UACAGGUCAGAAAAAAAAUUAAGUACCAAGUGGGUAUAAGUAUAGAAUAAAAUAAGUGUGAAGUACACACAUGAAUUAGUGAGCAGACAUUCAGUUUCGGGCCUCCUUACUCACACAGCUGGAUAUCACGAUGACAUCAUCUAUGACAUUCUGCAGGGCUCAUGCAACAUCCUGCUCAAUAUAAAAGUCAUUACUGAUUUUAGACUCAUUGCAUGACAGGUGAAUGAGGAGACUGAAGUGUACUGUCUGAGGUAGGAAAGACUUUGAUGCUAUCACACUGUAUUAGUGCAGUAUUUUAUUAUGUUACAGUAUUGCAAUCAUGUUGAACUAUAUGUGCAUAUAAUGCUCAAGAACAACACUUCUUCUGCAACAAUGAUUUAAUGUCUUUUUUAACUCUGAAAUUGAGCAUCUCUCUAAUACAAUUCAACAACUAGCUGAUAAGCAAGGAAAUGUAAAGGAAAGAUAAGUUGAUUGGUUGUAGAUUGACUUUAUUUUCUGUGCAUAAUUCCUUGAAUCGUUGACCAGGGUAUUCCUGCACUUGGGAAAAAUAUGAAAAUAAGAAUAUUUCACGCAUUCAAAGUUUAAAUUUGCAGUAUGAAUCUAAAUGUAGCUUUAAAAUUCAACUUAUUACACACUAUGUAGUCUGUAUAAAUGUACUUAUGUUGUAUGUUAAUGUAUCUAUGUUCUGGAGGCACACAUAACGCACACUCUGUGUUAACACAUUUUCUCUUGGGGGACAAUAAAAUACAGUGGCUUACAGGAUCCUUAAAUCAACUCCAUGAAUUCCUCAUCUUAUGGCUUUAACGUGUCGAGUGGUCCGAGUUAUCGAGACUCUUUCAGCACAGCUGUGGCCAAAAAUGUGAUUAUUCUGGCUCUUGGUCUUAUCAUCAGCUAUAUCAAUGGCACCCUGAUUCACACCUUCAGAAAACACCAGAUAUUUUAUGUGAAUCCCCGUUACAUCCUAUUCAUCCACCUGGUGGUGAACGAUAUGAUCCAGCUUACUACAGCAAUCAGCAUGUUUGUCUUAAGUUAUAUUUUCUACAAAAUUAAUGUUUCCCUUUGUUGCCUCAUUAUUACCUGUGCUGUCUUCACCACCCUCAACACUCCAUUAAAUUUAGCUGUCAUGGCAGUGGAGUGCUACAUUGCUAUUUGUUUACCACUGCGACACACUGACUUGUGUACAAUCAAAAGAACAUAUAUUCUGAUUGGAUGGAUUUGGGCAAUGAGUGUGGUCUCAACCCUGCCAGAUGUGUUUAUUAUUCUGGCAACAGAGCCUGUAGAGUUUUAUUAUUCCACAAUUUUUUGUGACUUGAAUAACUUGUUCCGACACCCUAUACACUUGAAAAAGAGGGAUGUUUCCUACAUAAUUUACCUAAUUGGUGUUUGGCUCACACUCUUCUACACUUACUUCAAGAUCUUCUUUGCUGCUAUAAAAGCUAAAGCAGCUAAAUCAGCUGAUGGACAUGCAAAGAAGGCCAGGAAUACAAUCCUGCUCCAUGGUUUUCAGCUACUGUUGUGUAUGCUAACAUAUGUAGCCCAUAUCUUAGAAAGGGCUCUGGUGUACUGGUUUCCUAAACAUUAUGUACAUUUAAUCUUUGUUAGCUAUAUCAUCAUCCAGAUCCUUCCCAGGUUUGUCAGUCCUAUUGUGUACGGGCUACGAGACAAGACAUUUAGACAGCAUUUGAAAAAGUAUCUGCUGUGUAGUGAGAAUAAGCAUCAAACCAUGGACUGAAGCAAAACAAACUAGUUAGAUUGAAAAAUCUUUUAGUAUUUCCAUUUGUGAAUGCCACUGAGAACAAAGAGAUUAUGACUUUUCAGUAAGAAAGCACACUAGUACAAAUUGAGUACACAACACUGUGCUUUGCUGGAGUUUGAUGAAUUUAGAUUAUGCCCUCCUACUAUAUUAAGCACCACAAGCAUUGCAGUUUGCAAAUUCAUUGCCUUAAAAAUUUCCGGCUGUCUGAAAGCACCUUAACUCUUUACCAACUCCAAUAGAUCAUGUUGGAAAAGUCUGGGGCUCACCAAAGUCAUCAGGUUUUAUCCUCUGGGCAUAAGGGAUAUAUGUACCAAAUUAUAUGAAUCCAUCCAACAGUUGUUGAGACAUUUCACAAAAAAUACAGUGAACCUCAA